AUGAGUACUCAUAAGGAUAACGAAUUUGUGAAAAGAAUAUUUAUUAAAAAUGAGAAAGGACAGACCAUUGUUGGUAUACUUGAGCGUAAAUCGCCAAAUAAAAGUACGAAAGGUGCAAAGGUUGGAAUUAUUUGCCAUGGAGCUCAAGCACAUAAAAAUUUCAGUUUUCAACCGGAAUUAGCAAAAGAAUUACCAUUCGAUUCAUAUCGCUUUGAUUUUCGAGGAAGUGGUGAAAGUGAUUUUAUUUCUAUCGAUUAUGGUAAUGCCAAGGAUGAAAUUGAAGAUAUUGAUACAGUGGUAAAAUAUUUAGAAAAUGAGUACGGAUAUCAAUUAUACGCCAUCAUAAGUCACUCCUUAGGAAAUAUUGCAACAUAUCAAUAUGCAACAAAAUUAAAUCGAAACAUACCGCACCUAGUAGCAAUAUCAGCAAGAUAUUAUUUUAAUAGUUUAUUAAAUUUUUACCCAAAAGAGUAUAUGAAAAAAUUUAAAAAUGAUGGUUUCAAGAUUGAUGAACAUAAAUUUGAUGGUCAGAUUAAGAGAAUUAUGACAACUUAUGAUAGUUUUUUGAACUUUAUUUCUAUCGAUAUGUCUUUUGUACAUAAUUUGCCGGAAUCUACAUCAUUCACACCAACGGAUGAUGCAGCAACGUACAAAAACAUAAUUCCCAACAAUACAUUAAAAAUCAUCAUGGGCGCAAAUCACGCAUAUACAAAUCACUCUAAUGAAUUAAUUUCGUUAAUAAAAGAAUAUUUUUCAAAUGAAUUCCAAUCUAAAAGAUUUCUUGAAAGAAAUAGAUUUAUGACUAGAAUACCACGAUAUCUGGAUGUUGAUGGUGUGAUGAACUUUAGAGAUUUGGGUGGUUAUCCUUGCAAAAUUAAUGGCGGGAGCUUGAAGCAGUGUUAUUUUCGGAAAAGAUAUAUUUUUAGAAGCGGAGAAAUCACUGAAAAGGGAAUCAAUACUUUACGUUUGCUUAACUUACAAGAUGUGUUUGAUUUUCGAUCAAAUGUUGAAGUUCAAGCAAUUGGUCUUGUAGACAUACCAGGAGUUAAUAGAAUACAUGUUCCAGUUUUUAAGGCUGUUGACUCUCAAGAAGCGUUAUUUGAGAAGUGGGCAUUAUAUGAUCAAGAUUAUGAAGGUCAUUCCAAAGCGUAUAUGAUUAUGUUGAAUGAAGGCAGGUCAGCUUACAAAGCAGUAUUUCAGCAUAUAUUAAGUCAUCCAAAAAAGCCAUUUAUUAUUCAAUGUACUGGUAAUGAUGGAAAUGGUAUAUUUUGUAUGUUGGUAUUAAAAUUAUGUGGCGUUAAUGACGAUAUUAUUGCUAGAGAAUAUGAAAUUACUGGUAGAAAUUCUCAACGUGAGGUUGUGAUUAAAGAUUAUUACGAGAUUUGUAAAGGUUUUUUUACUUUGGAUCAAAUUAAAAGAAUGAUGGGUGCGAAAUAUGAAUCAAUGAUAUUAACAUUACAUGAAUUUGUGGAUAUCUAUGGAUCUGUAGAAAAUUAUUUGAAUAAAUGUCUUGAAUUUACUCAACAGGAGAUUAAUCAAAUCAAGAAUAAUAUAAUUACAGAAAUUACAGAUUUUUCUUUGAAGGGAAAUAAUGAUUUGUAUUUUAAAUCUGUUUUAUAA